GGCGCGUCAUUGAAGAGAGACCAUGAUGGCGGCGGCGCUUGGGCCCCCAGAAGUGAUCGCUCAGCUGGAGAACGCGGCCAAAGUUCUGAUGGCACCACCUUCCAUGGUUAAUAAUGAACAACGCCAGCAUGCAGAGCACAUAUUCUUAUCAUUUAGGAAAUCAAAAUCACCAUUUGCAGUUUGCAAGCAUAUUUUGGAAACAAGUAAAGUGGACUAUGUCCUCUUUCAAGCUGCCACAGCCAUAAUGGAAGCAGUUGUCCGAGAGUGGAUUCUCUUGGAAAAAGGUAGCAUCGAGUCACUGCGAACAUUCCUUUUAACAUAUGUCUUACAAAGGCCUAACCUCCAAAAGUAUGUUCGGGAACAGAUUCUAUUAGCAGUAGCAGUAAUUGUAAAACGAGGAUCCUUAGAUAAAUCAAUUGACUGCAAAAGCAUUUUUCAUGAAGUCAGCCAGUUGAUAAGUAGUGGCAAUCCCACUGUGCAAACCCUGGCCUGUUCUAUUCUAACUGCACUAUUGAGUGAAUUCUCAAGUUCAAGUAAAACUAGCAACAUUGGACUCAGUAUGGAAUUCCAUGGUAACUGUAAAAGAGUUUUUCAGGAAGAAGACCUUCGUCAAAUCUUCAUGUUAACGGUUGAAGUUCUUCAGGAGUUCAGCAGGCGGGAGAACCUCAAUGCUCAGAUGUCUUCGGUAUUUCAGCGUUACCUUGCACUCGCCAAUCAAGUCUUGAGCUGGAACUUUCUUCCUCCAAAUUUGGGCAGACAUUAUAUAGCUAUGUUUGAAUCCUCACAAAAUGUGCUGUUAAAGCCAACAGAGUCCUGGCGGGAGACUCUUCUGGAUAGCAGAGUUAUGGAGCUGUUCUUCACAGUACAUCGAAAAAUCAGAGAAGAUUCAGAUAUGGCACAAGAUUCUCUUCAGUGCCUUGCCCAGUUAGCUUCUCUUCAUGGACCUAUCUUCCCCGAUGAAGGAUCACAAGUUGAUUAUCUAGCACACUUCAUUGAGGGAUUACUGAAUACUAUCAAUGGAAUUGAAAUAGAAGAUUCAGAAGCUGUGGGAAUCUCCAGCAUUAUCAGCAACCUGAUAACUGUGUUCCCUCGAAAUGUUUUAACUGCCAUUCCAAAUGAACUUUUCUCAUCCUUUGUUAACUGCCUCACACACCUCACUUGUUCUUUUGGGCGAAGUGCUGCAUUGGAAGAAGUGCUUGAUAAAGAUGACAUGGUAUACAUGGAAGCCUAUGACAAAUUGCUAGAAUCCUGGCUAACUUUGGUUCAAGACGACAAACAUUUCCAUAAAGGCUUUUUUACCCAACAUGCAGUUCAAGUUUUCAAUUCCUAUAUUCAGUGCCACCUCGCAGCUCCAGAUGGCACGAGGAAUUUGACUGCCAAUGGUGUGGCCUCUCGUGAGGAAGAAGAAAUAAGUGAACUUCAAGAGGAUGAUCGAGACCAGUUUUCAGAUCAACUAGCCAGUGUAGGAAUGCUAGGAAGAAUUGCUGCAGAACACUGUAUACCUCUUCUGACAAGUUUAUUAGAAGAAAGAGUAACAAGGCUCCAUGGUCAGUUACAGCGACAUCAGCAGCAGUUACUUGCUUCACCUGGUUCAAGCACUAUUGACAACAAAAUGCUUGAUGAUCUGUAUGAAGAUAUUCACUGGCUUAUUUUAGUUACAGGCUACCUCUUAGCUGAUGAUACUCAGGGAGAGACUCCGCUAAUACCUCCAGAAAUAAUGGAAUAUUCCAUUAAGCAUUCAUCUGAAGUUGACAUUAAUACAACACUUCAAAUUUUGGGAUCUCCAGGAGAAAAGGCUUCUUCCAUCCCAGGGUACAACAGAACAGAUUCUGUGAUUAGGCUGUUAUCUGCCAUUCUGAGAGUUUCAGAAGUUGAAUCUCGAGCAAUAAGAGCAGAUCUCACUCAUCUACUAAGCCCUCAAAUGGGCAAAGAUAUUGUUUGGUUUCUAAAACGUUGGGCAAAGACUUAUCUCCUGGUGGAUGAGAAACUAUAUGAUCAGAUAAGUCUGCCAUUCAGUACAGCAUUUGGAGCAGAUACAGAAGGUUCUCAGUGGAUUAUUGGCUACCUCUUACAAAAAGUCAUCAGUAACCUCUCAGUGUGGAGUAGUGAACAGGACCUUGCAAAUGACACUGUGCAGCUCCUUGUCACUUUGGUGGAAAGAAGAGAAAGGGCAAACUUAGUAAUUCAGUGUGAAAACUGGUGGAACUUAGCUAAGCAGUUUGCAAGCCGAAGCCCACCUCUGAAUUUCUUGUCAAGUCCUGUGCAGAGGACAUUGAUGAAGGCUCUUGUUUUGGGAGGUUUUGCACAUAUGGACACAGAAACCAAACAGCAGUAUUGGACAGAGGUUCUUCAGCCACUUCAGCAGCGAUUCUUAAGAGUGAUAAAUCAAGAAAACUUUCAGCAGAUGUGUCAGCAAGAGGAAGUCAAGCAGGAAAUCACUGCCACACUGGAGGCCCUGUGUGGCAUUGCUGAGGCUACCCAGAUUGACAAUGUAGCAAUUCUUUUUAAUUUUUUGAUGGACUUCCUUACCAAUUGCAUUGGAUUGAUGGAAGUUUACAAAAAUACCCCAGAGACUGUCAAUCUCAUAAUAGAAGUUUUUGUUGAAGUUGCACAUAAACAAAUAUGCUAUCUUGGAGAGUCCAAAGCUAUGAACCUAUAUGAAGCUUGCCUUACUUUGCUGCAAGUAUAUUCCAAGAAUAACUUAGGGCGGCAAAGAAUAGAUGUUACAGCAGAGGAAGAGCAAUACCAAGACCUGCUUCUCAUUAUGGAACUUCUUACUAACCUUCUAUCAAAAGAAUUCAUAGAUUUCAGUGAUACAGAUGAAGUGUUCAGAGGACAUGAGCCAGGGCAAGCAGCAAACAGGUCUGUGUCCGCAGCUGAUGUUGUUUUAUAUGGAGUGAACCUAAUUCUGCCUCUGAUGUCACAAGAUCUUUUGAAGUUUCCAACCCUUUGUAAUCAGUACUACAAAUUAAUCACAUUUAUCUGUGAGAUUUUUCCUGAAAAAAUACCACAGCUUCCUGAAGAUCUUUUUAAAAGUCUGAUGUACUCUCUAGAGCUAGGAAUGACAUCAUAUCCUUUAAAUGAACAUCAAAUGAGUUCGGAGGUUUGCCAGCUAUGCCUGGAAGCUUUGACACCAUUAGCUGAACAGUGUGCUAAAGCACAAGAAACAGAUUCACCACUUUUUCUAGCAACACGGCACUUUCUUAAGCUGGUUUUUGAUAUGCUGGUUUUGCAAAAGCACAACACAGAGAUGACCACUGCAGCUGGUGAAGCUUUCUACACGUUGGUGUGCUUGCAUCAGGCUGAAUAUUCUGAAUUGGUUGAAACAUUACUGUCAAGUCAACAAGACCCAGUUAUUUACCAGAGAUUAGCAGAUGCCUUCAACAAGCUUACUGCAAGCAGCACUCCUCCUACGCUGGAUCGGAAGCAGAAGAUGGCCUUCCUAAAGAGUUUAGAAGAAUUUAUGGCAAAUGUUGGUGGUCUCCUUUGUGUAAAAUAAACAACAAAACUUUAUGCUUAAUUUAGAUCUUUCUGCAAAGUGCACUGAAUUGCUAAAAAGCUGACUUGAGUCUUGUCCUGUUCUUCAGUUCUUUGGCCGUUUUGGAUUUUGGAGA